UAUUACUCAUGACUAUUCAUUUCCCUCCAUCAGGACAGGCCCCUCCAGCAGCAGCUCCAUCAGCUGCAAACACAAACAGCAUCAUCUUCAGUCCAGAAGAAAUAACAGCACAGACUGGCCUAUGUGCUGUUAUUUCAUGUACUUUCAAUCACCUUGAUAGCGUCAAGCCGAACGCAGCAGUAUGGUACAAAUACCCUGCAAAUGGCAAACGUGAAAAGGAUAAUCAUAUCAUUUUCCAAUCCAAAAAUCCCUCUGAAGCUCAGGAGGGUUAUAAACAUAGAGUGUCUCUACUGGGGACAGACCUGACAAAGGGGAACUGUAGUGUGAUCAUCAACGACAUCAGAGAGAAUGAUGCUGGACAGUAUCAAUUCAGAAUGAUAGGAGGACCAUUUACAGACCCACAGAAAAUCACAGUAACAGCUCUGACCCAGGAGCCCUCUGUGUUGACUCCUCCUCUGACAGAGGGAGAACCAGCUACUCUGACCUGCACUGCCCCAGGGAUCUGCUCUGGAACUCCUCCUAACAUCACAUGGACAUGGAGAGGGGCAGGAGACAACAUCACUGAGCUCAGAGACAACACCACUAUACAAAAGAGAGAGGAUCUGACCAGCGUCACAACAACCCACUUCUCAACUUUGACCUUUACCCGUUCAGCUAAGCAUCACGGCACCAAGGUCACGUGUCUGGUGACCUUCAACGGCAGCGUCACCACCAAGAAGACACUGAAAUUGAAUGUGACACGUUUUGGCCAUGACUGUACAUGCUUUGAUUGA